AUGCAAGAAUUGCAGUGUCAACUGAAGCAAAUGGGUGAAGAAAUAUCAGAAAAACUGAUAAUUACAAAAAUACUGAUGUCACUCCCUGAAGAAUACAAACAUUUUAUUUCGGCGUGGGAGUCUGCUUCAGAUGACAAACAAACCCUGGAUAAUCUUGUGGCGAGACUGUUAAAUGAAGAGCAGAGAUUGAAGGAUAAAAAUGAGGAAACUGCUUCAUCAUCAUCUGCAUUUACAGUGAAGUGUAAAAAGCCCCUAAAAUGUUUUACAUGUGGCAAAGCAGGACAUUUCCAAAAAGAGUGUUCAAGUAUCAAAAAUAACAGUGAAAAGAAUGACAGUAACAAGUGUUUCUAUUGCGGUGAAGUCGGCCAUUAUCAAUUACAGUGUUGGUUCAAAAAGAAUAAGAACAUUCACAAGCAUAAAAAUAUUAAAAAAGUAAUGCAUUUGGUGUAUCAAAUACAAAGUAUGACAAGUAUCAAGAGUCGCAGUGGCCCGUGGACUCAGGUGGCGCUGAAAAUAAAAAACGGCGAUGAGUGGAUUGACACAACCAUAAAUAACGUUCUUUAUGUUCCUCAUUUGACAAUAAAUCUAUUCUCGGUUAAUAGAGCUGCUGACAACGGAUAUGUCAUGAUGACAGAUGAAAAGUAUUGUAAGUUCUACAAACAUGGCGUCGUAUGCGCAACCGCUAAUCGAAUUGGAAAUGGUUAUUUUAUGAAAUUAAGAUUUAAUUGCAAUAUGGUAAACGUUGCUAAAACUGAACUGAGUGACUUAAACACAUGGCAUCAAAAAUUAGCGCACCAAAACUUCGAUCAAGUGAAGAAAGUUUUGCAGAAACAUAACAUUAAUGUAAAACAGCAUUCGGUUCCCAAAUGUGAAGAUUGUUUACAAGGAAAGAUUCACCGCUUACCUUUUACAAACAGUGAAUACACUAGCACGAGGACAUGCGAGUUAAUACACGCUGACGUGUGCGGCCCUAUGGAAGAGGCCUCGGUAGGCGUGUCGAAGUAUUUUGUGUUGAUGAAAGACGAUUUUUCAAACUUUAGAUGUGUAUAUUUCAUAAAGAACAAAAAUGAAACAAUAAAAUGUAUUGAGGAUUUCCUUAACAAGGCGGAAAACAUUACAGGAAACAAGGUUAUGUUGUUCCGAACUGAUAACGGUUUAAAAUUCAUAAACAAGAAUGUGAAGGAACUAUUCUCGGGUCGUGGGAUAACACAUCAACGGUCUGUACUUUACACCCCGGAGCAAAAUGGUAAAGCAGAAAGGGACAACAGAACAUUGGUGGAAGCUGCCCGAACUAUGUUACAUGCAAAGAAUCUAUCCAAACAACAACAACUAUGUGGGCUGAGGCAGUACAUACAGAUGUUUUUGUUCUUAAUACAACUGGGAAGAGUAAAACAGAAGGAAAAUCACCCUUUGAAGUUUGGACCAAUAAGACAUUUGACAUUAAUACUUUGA